ACCAACAUGUAUGCUGGAAGGAAAAGAAGAAAACCGGCACAGAAGGGAGUCAAACCGACUCCGGCCGAAGGCGCCAAGUCCAACCCGUCCAAACGCCACCGCGACCGCCUGAACUCGGAGCUGGACCGCCUGGCCAGCCUGCUGCCCUUCCCCGAUGACGUCAUCUCCAGCCUAGACAAACUGUCCAUCCUCAGGCUCAGCGUCAGCUUCCUGCGCACCAAGAGCUUCUUCUCAGUGGCUCUGAAAAACCAGCUCGCCAACGGCACGAACAAGAGUAGCGAUCACCAUGACGACGGCAAGGCAUCGGCAUCGGCGGAGGGCCGCAUCUCUGAGGGGGAACUGCUGCUACAGGCUCUGAACGGCUUCGUCCUGGUGGUGACGGCCGAGGGAAUCGUCUUCUUCUGCUCUCGCACCAUCCAGGAUUACCUGGGCUUCCAUCAGACUGACGUGAUGCACCAGAGUGUGUUCGAGCUGAUCCACACUGAGGACCAGCAGGAGUUUAGGAGGAACCUGCAUUGGGCCCUGAACCCCCCCGCCGACCCCAGCGCAGACGGUGAGUCCGUGUCCACCUCGUCCUGCCUGGUGAACUACGACCCCGAGCAGCUUCCACCUGAGAACUCGUCCUUUCUGGAGAGAGGCUUCAUCUGUCGCUUCCGCUGCUUGCUGGACAACUCGUCCGGCUUCUUGACGCUGAACAUCCAGGGUCGGCUCAAGUUCCUGCACGGUCAGAGCCGGCAGCAGUGCGACAGCGAGGGCGCCGCUCCUCCGCCUCAGCUCGCCCUGUUCGCCAUCGCUACGCCCCUCCAACCUCCGGCCAUCCUGGAGAUCAGGACCAGGAACAUGAUCUUCAGGACCAAACACAAGCUGGACUUCACCCCCAUGUCCUGCGACGCUAAGGGUAAAAUUGUGCUUGGCUACACGGAGGCGGAGCUGAGAGUGCGAGGUUCAGGAUACCAGUUCAUCCACGCUGCCGACAUGCUGUACUGCGCCGAAAACCACGUGCGAAUGAUAAAGACGGGCGAGAGCGGCCUCACCGUCUUCAGGUUGCUCGCUAAGGACAACCGGUGGAAGUGGGUCCAAGCCAACGCCCGACUCGUCUACAAGAACGGAAAGCCUGAUUACAUCAUCGCCACGCAGAGGCCGCUGGUUGAUGAAGAAGGAGGGGAACACCUGAGGAAGAGAUCUAUGCACCUUCCCUUCACCUUCACCACCGGAGAGGCGCUGCUCUACCACACAGGUUACCCGCUUCACGGCUUCCCCGAUUCCUUCCAGGGCAAAGCCAAAGGCAGCAAGUCUAAGAAGGGCAAACUAGACAAGAGCUCCUCAGACGACCUGGACCCCAAAUCCCUGCUGGGAGCGCUGAUGAGCCAAGAUGAGUCGGUGUACGUCUGCCAGCCGGACAUGGAGCCGAAGAUGUCUUACCACAGCAGCCUUUUCAGCGAGCAGCAGCAGCAAGGUGAGAGCGGUGGUUUCGGCAGCUUGUUAAGCGGCAACGGCUGGCAUAUCACGUCUAACGGCGAGACGGGGAGAUGCAACAGCAGCACCAGCACCAGCAAAACGUCCGGCUACGACCCGCUGCUCGCCACGCUGGACUCUCUGUCGCUGGAUGGAGACGAAACGUGCUCCAACAGCGAGCUCUUCAGCGCUUUGGAGAACCUGGGGCUGAACGCUGAAGAUCUGGAGCUGCUUCUUCUAGACGAGAGGAUGAUUCAGGUGGAGCUGGACAACAACCACAUCCCGACACUUAGCGACCUUCUCACCAACAACGAAAUCCUCUCCUACAUCCACGACUCAUUGGACGGUUCCAACGAGAGCAAAGGAGAGGAACCAGACUCAGCCCAAAGUGCCAGCCAGCAGCUUCCUCCCAGCAGCAGGCAGCCCAUCGUGCAGCUGUCACAACAAAUGCAGCAACACAUCGGCGCAGGUGAGCCGGUGCUGAAAGCUCAGCCAUCCGUCUCCCAGGACGCCAACAUCCUGCCCGGGAUUCCUAACGGUCACUGGGUGGUCACGACUGAGAACAUCCCGGCAGCGAAGGCGUCUCAGGUGAACGGGGAACAUAAACACCUGAACUCACAGCAGUGGCAGCAGGUGAGCAGCCAGAACACUUCGAUACCCAACUUCCAGAACCAGCUCGGACUUACAAACGGAGCCUACAUCCCAAACGGACACACCGCCUUCCCCCAUACAGCAGACUACAACAUCUCCAACACGCCAGUUAACGGUGUGUCCAUCCCUGACGUUUGUCACUACCAGAGUUUUGUCGCCAAUCACCAGAAACACCAACACCACCACCAGCAGCAGCAGCAGCAGCAGCAGCAGCAGCAGCAGGCUCAGGUUGCAUCGUCUUGUUUGCCCAGUCAGAGCUCUGCUGCACUGGAGCUGGAGCAGCUACUGGCUCUGUCGCAGCCGCAGCACAGCCUGCCAUCAUUAGAGGCCUACGACAUGUUCAACAGCACCAUGCAGGAUAGCGCUCACAGCAAGUUGGAGAACGGCUGCCUCCUCAGUGCCACUAACGCAGCGUACAUCAGGACUUGUCUAAUGCCCAACGGAGACGGCGUGGCAACGGACAACAUGGUGCCUGACGGACUCACCGCCCUGCAGGACCCGCAGAAAUCUGGAUUUUUCCUCUAA